UCCACGUGCUGGGGUAUAUGAUUAGAAAAAGGGACCAAUUUAAUCCCUGUGCUUUCAUAGACUAGAACUAGAAAGUUUUGGGUUCCUGUGCUCUAGUGUGAGGACGAAGAGCAGGGUCCGAGGACCUGUGAGGUGCUAAAGAAGGUAAGCAUGUCUUCUGCUAUGCUGCGACCAACUCCAGCUCACUUCCUGUGCUCUGAGGACGAUGACAAUGGCAGCGAGGGCUCUGGAUCCGAUGACAAAUCCUUUCGUAUGGCUGGCAACGGCUACAAAACAUUGAAGUUGGGCACUUACAAAAAGAAGUACGGCUGCCGAUCAGUAGCAGUUCCCACAGAUUUCCAUGCUCAGUUUACUGAAGUGCGACAGCGGAACGUGGCAAAUGCUAGAGAGCGGGAUCGAACAAAUAGCGUGAAUAAAGCUUUCACCGCUUUAAGGACACUGAUACCCACCGAGCCAGCUGACCGGAAACUCUCCAAGAUUGAAACGUUACGGCUGGCCUCCAGCUAUAUUUCACACCUGGGGAAUGUCCUGCUGGUUGGAGAGGAGUGUGGAGACAGCCAGCCCUGUCUCAGGAGCUCUGGAGCCUUGUAUCAUCACCAUCACAACCUCCAGAACAGCACAACGCCCAGCCCAGAUUCAGAGAACUCCCAGCCCAGACAAAUCUGCACCUUCUGCCUCAGUAACCAGAGACGCCUGAACAAAGACAGAGAAAGAAAAAGAGCAUUAAGAAGUUGAUGAGGAAAAGCGAGGAGUAUUCCCAUUGCAUCUGUCAGAAGAAGCAUGUCUCAAUGAACUGC